AUGGGAAAGAUUAUUUUUUAUGAGAACCGGAACUUCCAGGGACGCUACUAUGAGAGUAGCAGUGAUAAUCCAGACCUCCAAACUCACUUCAAUGCCUGUAACUCUGUUCGUGUAGAAAAUGGUUCCUGGAUGCUUUAUGAGAGACCAAAUUAUAUGGGGAACCAAUAUUUCUUGAAGAGAGGAGAGUACCCUGAUUACCAGCAAUGGCAAGGGCUUAGUGACUCUAUCCGAUCUUGCCGCUUGAUCCCAGAACAUCUGGGUUCCUCUGCUCAUAAAAUAAGGAUUUAUGAGAGAGGUGACUGCAAAGGAGAAAUGAUGGAGUUCAUUGAAGACUGUCCAAAUGUGUAUGAUCGUUUCUGUUCUCACGAUAUCUGUUCUUGCAAUGUUCUUGAUGGUCACUGGAUCUUUUAUGAGCUUCCCAACUACAAAGGAAAGCAGUACCUCUUGAGACCCAGUGAAUAUAGACAAUUCACUGACUGGGGUUCCCUUACAUCAAAAGUUGGCUCCUUCCGACGUGUCCUGGAAUCUUAUUAGUGAUCAAGACACAAAAUGUAACCAAUAAUAAUAAAAUCAUUUAGAACUA